AUGAUGAACGAAGAAGUGGACGAUGCAGAAUUCUUCCAGCAAGAUUUCACCACUGCCUCCGACUGGGAGCUGUUUAAUGCCCGUCUGGAGGAAAUAUUUCACGAAUGGAAGCUUUCCUACGGGCAGGGAUCGUUCCGGAAGCUGGGCGACCACGAACUAGCCACAUGCAAGUGGAAUGUGGCCCGAGAAACGAUCAAGUUCUCCGAUGUUGAGCUCCACGUGGCCCACUACAAGGCUUAUCUAGAGACGGCAGAGGAACACGGGCUCAUUACGAGCGGAGCAUCCACGUCGUCCGGAUGUCAAACGUUCGUGGAUCUACUGUCGACCGAAAACGAUUACUGCGUUGUACUGGGAGGCAGGCAGGAGGACGAUGAUAAGCUGCACCCGCUGGCGCAGUGGUACGGGCUGCGGGAGUUUGUGAUCGUGUCGCCGGUGAAGAAAUCGAUCACGAACGAAAGCCAGAUCCGGAUCCUGAUGAGCUCGGUGCACAUUGCCGUCGCGGAGAGCAGCUGCGACGUGCCGGUGUUUGUGCAGGUGAUGGACAAGGUGCAGAACGUGUUCCUGGGGGUUUGUGAGUCCGGCGCGGUGCGCCUUUCGUUCGACAUCGUGCACCUGCACGUAACGCCACCGACGUGCAAGUACCUUUCCGGGCUGCUGGAAGUGUUCAAGGGGAAGAUCGGAGUGCAGUACGUCGAUCCGGUGGUAGUGUCGGUACGCUUUACCUACUCCCUGUCGCGCUUCAUAUCGGGCGGUUUUGCAAGCGACAAGUCCAUUCCCUUCUCCGAUGGAGGGUCCGAGGACACACCAGGGGGCCGGUGGAACGUAUCGCUUCCGUUCGGUGUGUCGGUUGAUCCGGUGGCGGAACUGCUCGUACACUGCACUUGGCCCCAGGUAGCGGACAACGUGGUCGUCGAUUCGCAGACCUACUCCGACUUCGAUCCGCUGACGGCCCCACUCUGGAGCGUUCGGGUACAAUUCGAGGACACACCAGUGUGCUUCAUGGCCGAUUGCAUCCAAGAAUUCCUGCAGAUCGUCAACUCACGCCGCGCCCUGACGGAGUACUUCAGCGAGCUUGCAUUCGGUGCCACGCAAAACCUCGACGACCGUGGACCGAACCCAUUGGACUUGCUGACGGAAUCGAAAAUUCCCAGCCUUUCCUCCGUCCUGCCGACGAUCGGCGGAUCGGCUAAAAAGCAACCCAAACUCGAGGGCCCCCUGAACGACGAACAGCUCAAGGACAUGCUCUACUAUCUGUUUCCCGAUGCGCAGCAAGAUCCGCACUGGCCGUACCAACCUCCCACCGGGUCGGUCGAGUUUGACCCGCUGAAGAUUAAAUCGGCCAACCCGGACUCACUCGUGCAUCGGUUGACCACCCUGCUCGCCCUGUGCAACGCAUUCUUCGGCGGAAAGCGAGCGGUCGCCCAGCUGUGGGCAGAGUUCGCCCAAGAGAUGCGCUACCGUGUGGAGCGAUGCAUUCCGAUUCCGGGGGUUGCCGGCGGCUUUCCGGACUCGCGCACCUGCCUGCUGCACCAGAAGCUGCAGAUGCUGAACGUGUGCAUGGAGCGUCGGACGCUGCGCGAAGGUGGGCUCCCCUUUUCGAUGACGUCGGCGGGGGGUGCUGCGGGCGGAGAGUCGGACGAGGAGUUCUUCGACUGUUCGGACGAAGAGGACGCCGCUCGCGGUGGUGACGGUAGCCUACCCGAGCCCGUUGGCCGGUUGUCUCGGCUCGGGAAGAUGCUGCUGGUCGGGUCGGACGAACCGCUGUACAUUCCCGUCACGCAGGAACCGGUCCCGAAGACGGAGGACCAGCUGGAGGACGACGCGGAGGUGAUGCUGAAGCUCGGCCCGGGCAGUGAGCUGUGCACGCAGAUGAUGAGCGCCUCGCUGCUGUCCGACAUGGAGAGCUUCAAGGCGGCCAAUCCGGCGGCCGGGCUGGAGGACUUCAUCCGCUGGUACAGUCCGCGCGAUUGGCUCGAGGACGAGCCGGUCGACGAGCAGGACCCGUUCGGGCGCCGGGGACACCUGAGCUCGCGCAUGCUCAUCCCGGGCAACACCUGGCAGACGGUGUGGGAGAGUGCCCGGCACGUUCCGGCCCGGCGCCAGAAGCGGCUCUUCGACGACACGAAGGAAGCGGAGAAGGUGCUGCACUUCCUCGAGUCGCGCACCAUCGGCCAGAUCGCCCAGCUGUCCAUGGCCACACUGUUCCACGUGGCGCUGCUGACACUGGCCGGCCAACCGAGUCCGCCGGAACGGGAAGCGGUUCCGCGGUUCCCGGAGACGCUCGAGAAGCUAACGGCCAGCUGCUGCAAGCUGUCGCGCGAAGCGUGGACCAGCGACGGCCCGCGGGUCGGUUCGGCGGCCAAAUACGAGCAACUGCUCGGCGAAAUGAUGCAGCUCGAGUGCGUCAUCACGCAGGUUCGGAGCUUACAGCGGAAGCUCUUCGAAGCGGGCGAAAGCUCGCCCGAGCUCGUCCAGCGGAUGUUGCAAGCGCGCGAAACGGAGCUGCCAGAGGGCGCUGGGAGUACGAUGGCAAGGCGCUUGGUGGGCAUGUUCGUGGAGGCGAAGCGGGCGGCCAACGAACAGGCAACAGAUCCGCACGGCGGGUCGAGUGUGUCUCUACCGGAUCCGAUCGAAAAGCAGUUCACAUUGCGCCUCAGCGGAGAUACGGUUAACAAAGGUCCAGGAACUCCACAAUUUUUGAGAGCGAUCCUGACCUCACAGGAAUUCCGACUGUGUGGUGCAUUCAGCCGAAAUACAACAUUUUACUAAAUGCCGGUUUCGAUGGGAAACAAUCGAACCAUUACACCAUGGCGUAACCACAUAUAUUCGAUAUUAUUACCUAAACAUUAUACGAAAACCGCACGAUUCAAAUAAAUGAUAA